AUGGCACAUCCGGAGCUGAUCGUGCGACGGUUGAGCGGGGAAGUGCUUUUCCAGUUUUCAGGAGAUGCGGAGGGUUUGGCUCUUCUCCAGGUUGUGCCCGAUGUUGGGAGAGGGCUUCGCGAGGCUCUAUCUGAAAUGGACGACAGGUACGACUUCCCCUGGCUCCAUCAAGUUGUCGUACCCUCCAAGGGUAUCCUGGAACUGGGCUACUCUUGGGAAGAUGCUGGCCGGCCCCAGGAAGUGCAAAUCGUCACACGAAGUGUCUGGGUGGAGGACCGAGGGCAAGAGCUGCUUGAUCAUGCCAAGAGUAGCGAGCCCGGUAGUGAGAAGUUGCUGGAGGCCUGCCUCCGAGCUCCCGUAUACCCAGACUCCGAGGUGGCCCAGGAGAGGCCGCUGCAUGCUUCGCUCCGCAAUUGCCGAAAGCUGGAGCUCCUGGUCGUUAAAGUGGAGAUGUUGCUCUAUGCGAAGGCCGAUCCCUGCAGCAUUGAGCCGCGAAGCCAGUGCAGUGCACUGGCCCUCGCCCUGUAUGAGAUGCGGUUACAGUGUGCGGAGACCUCAGAGGAUUUGGUGAAGCGGCUCGUGCUGGCAAAGGCCGACGUUGGAACAGCCUGUCUGGAAUUCUUGCGGCUGGCAGGUGGAGCUGGCGUGGUGAAUCAGGAUGCGCCCUGGGUGGCCCGACAGCUGCAGCAGCUUCCUGGGCUCGAUAUCAACGCAAAAGUCAAGGAGGAGUGGCCCAUCCAAGCUGCCUCGAGAUCCAGUGUCCUUAUUGCAGUGCUGGUAGCGCUGGGCGCUGAUCCCAGGCCAUUGUGCAUUACGGCAAAAAGUGGAAGCCAGCUGAGCCAGCUGGUGUUUCCCUUUCUCAAUGUUGGAGACAUAUCCGUGGACAUGGCUCAGACGGAGUCCUUUGUCGUUGGUUGGGCGUAUGAGUGCGAGAAGCAGCCGAAUAAGGCGGAUCCGCACAAUCUGGCAGCCGCGGCUCUGCAAGCUGCGGAGAGGGGUUGGCCACAGGCAGCGUGUCAGUGCCUGAAGGUAUUGGGCAUCAUGAACUGCGAGAACGACCGGCGUGUGGAUUGGUAUGCCCUUGAAAGUUUCAGAGAACAGCUGGUCCUAGCUGCCAUUGAGCGUGGUGGCCUCGAAGUCGUACAACACGUGGUAUCCCACUGGCUCCCUCCUUUGCCUCCAUCCCUGCUUCGCUGCGCCUGCCGGGUUGGGCACGCGGAGAUUACCAGGUUCCUCCUGGAGGAAGAAGCGGAGCCCUACGGGCCUCUGGGUGAUUCGCCCCUCCAGGUGGCCAUCGACAAGUGUCACGUUGAGGUUGUGGAUAUCCUCUGCGAGGUCCUCCGCGUCAAGUGCCAGGAGAGGCGCCGCGCAUUAGCAGAUCUUGAGGCAUACUCCCAGAACUUCGAGCACAGAGACAGUCUGGUGAGGUAUGCAAAGCAGCGGCUCAACCUCCGAAAGGUUUGCCGCCUUGCUGACAAAGUGCCGUCAGCUUCGAUGACUGAACCUCCUGAGAAGCCUCCGCAUAUGCAGAUCUGUACAGAAGAGAACAGCUGGCAGCAUGCGCGCGAGAUGGGUUGUGCAGUUUCAUGGACCAUUUAA